AUGGGUGGCUAUCCUUCUCAUGAUGCGCCGAACUUCCUGUUCGCAACGGCGGCGCAGCAUCCCAACAACGGCGGCACGACUGAGGUGUGCCUCGUUCCGCUCCUGCGGCGUCACUUCAACGAUAUGAACAGGCGACUGAAGGAUGCGGUGGCGCAGCUCUACUUCAACGGGCCACCCAACACGACCGCGCUUGCCCUCCAGGCCAUGCAGAGCGGCAUUCCCUCGACCGAUAUCUCUGCGCAGACGUCCUUCCACAACUUGAACGAUGCGUCUGGCAGUAUCAUCCUACCCGCCGGCCAACCGCCGCCGCUGGCGCCCAACUCCGCCAUAGCGAGUAACGCAAGUUUUGACUCCAUCACCGAGACGCAACGGAAGGCUGUGCACGCCUACAAGGCCAUGGACCAACUGCUGAACGAGAUCGAGGCAUCUUUCGUCACGGCAACUCGCGUCUUGUAUGACUCAGCUGCACUAGCGAGCGCGAAGGUGCACGAGAAGCGGGCGUGCUCCACCAAGGCCAUGGAGAAAGCAAAGAGCCCCGGAGUUGCUCCAGCGGCUGGUGGGAAUGUGAAGGGGGAUCUGGCGACCCUUCAUGUGAUUGGUAACUCCUCACGGCCAUCGCCCAUGUCACAACAGUCCACGGUGCCUCCCCCGCCCCCGAUGCUGCGCCCGGUGCCAUGCGCGAUAUGCAUCAUUGAGCCUGACACCUCAGGCCGUCGAUCCUCGUCGGGACAGCAGAACACAACAGCUCCCAACGUCACUCAGAACAAUAACACUCUGACGGCCCUCAAUGUGCCGACUCCGACAGCGGGACCUAAUGGGCUGCAGAUGCCCACCUCCAGCAACGGUGGGGGAGGCAUUCCGUCCUCACCGGAGUGGGUGACUGUGCAGAGCCGUCGACUGCGUUGCAUUGGGUACCUCUCGUGCUUCUCGAAGCCGAGAGCUGUGGACUACGAGUCGAGGGAGAUGUACGGACCGGAGUCCAAGCCGCCUCUGCACGUACCCCGCGUCAGUGAGUGUAGCUCUAAGGGUCUGGAUGUAGCAUUCGAGCUGAUCCUUCAGGAUGAGAGCAAGUACGUGCACCUGUUGGAGCCGGUCGUCUUCUUGGCCAGCAUAAUGUUCCGCUCUCAAUACCUGACCAGCAGCAUGCUGCAGCGUCCCGUACACUCCCCUGAGGUAGAAAACGCGUACUACGCUCACCUGCAGCUCCUUAACAUUCACGUAAUGCUGUCAAAGGACCAUGUGCACCAGUUGAAGAUGCUACAGGAGCAACUUCCGCUCAUGGACUUCGUGGAGGAAAUGGGUCUUAGCGAGCGGCACGCCGCGACAAACGCCGGCGGUGAAACGGCCUCGUGUGGUGGUGCUCCUUCGCUGGAGACAACGAUAACUGUCGGUGAUGGGUCAGCAGAGAUUAUCGGGCCUGUGGCGGCUGACGGAGAUGCCCCGACGAAGGCCUGUGAUGAGCUCUUGAGGUCGCGCCGGCAUGCCCGCGAUGAUGACUCAGAAGACAGGGAACACUUGGACAAAGAGGAUAAUGGGCAGAAGAACGGGGCACCCAGCGAUGCUGCCGAGGUGACAUCAGCGGAGAACUCGACGAAGAGAGCGGACUACGGCGAGAACGAAGACGAGGGGGCGGCCGACUCGACACGCGACACCGCGGGGGAUUGGGAAAAGGAUGUGAAGCCUAGCAACAUCUCUACCUCUGCGACAAGUCGUCGCACGCGCCGCAGCCGCCGCCGUCAGCGCAAGCAGAAGACGAUCGAGCCGCAAGACGAAAUCUAUCGCAAGACGCACUGCAGUAUGCCUGAGGUCUCCCUGUAUGAGCUGAGCUCUGGCGAGCGAGGAAUUGAAGUUGUCUUUGACGGCGCACUGCUUGCACGCAUGAUGAAACUCGUUGCUGAAACGGCUGCCUACGAGACAGUCAAGAACUCAUACAUCCGAUGUGAUAUGGGGCCACUAAUGAAGGAGCGCCGCCACCUCAACCAGAGCCGUCGCGACGCCCUGCAAGAGGAGGGCAGCCUUGAGCGCGAGGAGGAGCGCGUGAUGGGCAGCACCAUUGUCGCUGCCACGGUGCGUCGCUGGGUAAAGGAGGGCCUUGCUGCCGAGGAGGAGAAGCACAAGAAGGCGCAGCAGACCGCGGCAGCUACAGCGGCCCAAUCCCACCUGCCCCUGCUCCCGCAGGGGACACAGAUGCUGCACAACAUAUCUGUGAUGCACGUUAGCGGGGCACAGGGUGGUGGACCGAAUGUGAUGGCGGGAUCCAUUGCAUCCGCCAGUGCUGUAAAUCCGAUCCUCACUGCGCAGGCAGCAGCGAUGGGCCAAAAUACAUCCCUGCUGCAAAUGGCCAUGGUACCGGUCAACCAGCCGACAACGGCGGCGGGAGCCUCAACCUCGGCUGCCACCCCAAGUGCCCCGAUGCUCAUGUACGUGCCCGGUGUUGGGUACAUGCAGGUCCCGAGCAAUUCCCGAGUCUUGACGGCCCCAGCUGCGCCGCAGCAAGCAGUGCUUCCGACAUACGUGAUCAACCCGGUGACGGGCCAGCCAAUUAUGGUGGCUCCUCAAGCCGCACCCGCAUGCGCCACUAACCCUUCCGGCACACCACCGCAGCAGCCACAGAUGACAGCCGUUCCGUCUAUGAUGCAUAUGUACAACGUACAGCAGCAGCAGAUGAUGGGUGCUUCGCCACAGUACUUUGCUGCCCACGCUGGGCCGCAAGCAGUGCAACAGUCGCAACAGCAGCAGUACCACUACAUGAUGGGUCCCGGCGGGCAGUUGCUGAUGGUGCCCAUCGCGUCCGCGCCAACACCGCAGGCCUCGCAGCCACAGCAGCAGCAACAGCAGUAUAUGAUGACCGCUAUACCGCCUCAACAAGCCUCACAAUUGCAGCCGCAGCAGGUCUACAUGAACCCCUGUAUGAUGCCUGGAAUGAUGAACAUGGCCGCCGCGCAGCAACAAGCCCAACAGCAAGCGCAGCAUCAAGUACAGCAGCAUGUGCAGCAACAGGCGCAGCAACAGGCUGAAGGCCAGAAAGCUUACCAGCAGUUCAUGGAUGCGCAGGAGGAAGUCCAGCUGUUACGCCAGCUCCAGCAGCAGGCCCAAAUGGCUCAGCAGGCGCCCCUCAACGAGCAGCAGCAAGCGCAACUCCUGAAGCAGGCGCAGCUGAUGGUGCAGGCUCGGCGGGUCUAUCAGUCUCAACAGCAACAGCAUACACAGAAUCAGACCCAGCAAAUGACUCAGCAUCAACAGGCACAGCAACCGCAGCAGACAAUAACCAACAUGGCAGCAGGGGGAAACCCGCAAGGCUUCAGCCCGCAAAGCUCCACUCGCACACCCGCUGGCACGCCUCAGCAACAAGGCAGCGCCGCCGCGCCACCAGCGCCUUACAGCGCAGCACUCGGCUCUGCCAUGUCGCCGUCGCUGUCACACAUGCCAGUGAUGCAGCACCCGAAUAUGCAAAACAUGUACGCGCAGCUCCAACCGCAGCCUGCGCCCACGACGAGCACGUCUGGCAAGGAGGCCUCAUCGUCAGGGCCAACGGCAAGUGCAAGCAACACAAGCGCCAAGUCGGCCAGCACCAAUCCUCAGUCCACUUCUACUGGUGCUGCAGGAACGAUCGGCGAUCAGGCGGCCGCCCCGGGAGCGGUGAAUACGCAUCCGAAGAUGAACCCGUACAACUUUGCCGCAAUGAACGACGAUGACGACGACGCCGCGGUCGCGCUUGCGGCUGCGACGGCUACAAUGGAGGCCAUCCGUGGUCACGGCGGCAUCGACCGUGACGAUGACGACGAGGACGAGGACGGCAGCCAGUUUUUCUCAAGCGGUCAGUUUUUCUUCCGCACCCAGUAA